AUGCAAAGCAUUUAUUCUCACAACGUGAAUUCGAAAUUUCUCGUUCUCACGGGGGGUGAAAGAUCCCGGGAUUCCCACCCAGUUUCCAAGAUCCUUUAUAAGACCAUCCACACCAACCUCGACCAUUCUUCGACGUCUUUCAAGAGCUGCUAUAACACCCCUCCCCCCCCCCCCUCUCUCUCUCUCAUUAGUGGUAUCGGCCAACCGCUUUCCCUCCUCCUCAAAACUAACCCACUUAUCACUGAG